AUGCGCCCCCACGUUCACUUCAAUUCAGAAUCGUUUGAGGUUUGCGAACGUGUAUCUGGCCUAUACAAUGACUUGUGGUGGCUAGCCGAUGUGUCAAGUCAGUGCUUUUAUCCUCCCAGACAAGUCUGGUACCAAUUCAUCGACCCCGGAGGGAUGAAGGGCUUGGUGAGCACUAGGGCGGAUUCGAACCUCCGAUCGAUCAUGCAGGAAGCGGAACCUCUAACCGCUACGCUACACCCGCCCUUUUGCGAUAUAAAAAAAUCAAAAGCUGACUGGGACGUCGCAUUCGAUUUCGACCACCGCCUAGCACUUGAUCACUUUCAUGGUACGACUCCAGGAAAGGAGUCGUGGAGUUCACCACUCAACAAGCUCGACGUGGCAGUUCUGAAAGAAGAUGAAUCCAGAAAGAAGUGUUCCAAGAAAGAGAUCAAAACUAAGAUCGCGGAUCAAGGAGAAAGUAGAUGGGGUUGGCUCCUUCACUAA